GGUGCGGCACCGCCCCGGCCCCCGCGCCGCCCUUUCAAGUAUCGCGUGAGCGGCCCCGCUGCCCGACGCCACGUCCUGCCGGUGCCGCUGGGGAGCGGCGGCCAUCGAGCCGCUGGGGGCUGCGGCUGGGUGAGGUUGAAGAAAGAAAGGAUUUAAUGAACUCGCUGCCGAUCGAAAUGGGAAGACGCCGAAAGCAGCAGCAAGGUGCCUGAUCGGCCUUCUGCCGCCUCUGCCGCCUCUGGAACGACAAGAGAAAGAUGCGUGUUCUGAUCCUUGUGGAAAGACAGUCCGUGUAACUGCGAGUGGAAGCUAUGUGCUGAAGUGGGACAGCCUGACAAAAUGGGGGUGCUUGUGUUCUUCGUGCCUUACAGCUUGCUUCUGACUGUAGUGCGAGGGCACAGCUUAUUCACGUGCGAACCGAUUACUAUUUCCAGGUGUUCAAGAAUGCCUUACAAUAUGACUUUUUUCCCAAAUAUCAUGGGACACUACGAUCAGGACACUGCUGCGCUCCAGAUGGAGCCUUUUCUUACUCUCAUGAAUCUUCACUGUUCACCAGACGUCCAUACAUUUCUGUGCAAGGCCUUUGUUCCUGCCUGCCUGGAGCAAGUUCAUGUGAUUCACCCUUGUCGUAACCUCUGUGAGAAAGUGUAUUCCGACUGCAAACAACUGAUUGACACUUUUGGAAUCACAUGGCCUGAAGAGCUGGAAUGUAGCAGACUAGUCAACUGUGAUGAGUCUGCUCCUGCCACUGCUCCUGUAACCACCAAUGCACAUGGAACUCAGAAGACCCCAGGGCAAACACGAAGGGAUUUUGGAUUCUGGUGUCCACGGCACCUACACACUUCCAAUGGACAAGGCUACAAAUUUCUGGGCAUCGAUCAGUGUGCACCACCAUGUCCCAAUAUGUACUUCAAAAAUUAUGAAUUGGAUGUUGCAAAAAGCUUCAUUGGGAUAGUUUCAAUCUUUUGUCUUUGUGCUACGCUUUUCACAUUCCUUACUUUUCUGAUUGAUGUUAAAAGGUUUAGGUACCCAGAGAGGCCGAUCAUCUAUUACUCCGUCUGUUACAGCAUAGUGUCUCUAAUGUACUUUAUUGGAUUUCUUCUUGGGAAUAGAACUGCCUGUAACAAGGCAGAUGAUAAGCUAGAAAUUGGGGAAACGGUUGUUCUUGGCUCCCAAAACAAAGCCUGCACGGUCCUUUUCAUGGUUUUGUACUUUUUCACUAUGGCAGGAACAAUAUGGUGGGUGAUUCUGACAAUCACUUGGUUCCUUGCAGCAGGAAGAAAAUGGAGUUGUGAAGCUAUUGCACAGAAGGCCAUGUGGUUCCAUGCAGUUGCGUGGGGGAUACCUGGUUUUCUAACCAUUAUGCUUCUUGCAAUGAACAAAGUGGAAGGGGACAAUAUCAGUGGAGUUUGCUUUGUAGGUCUCUAUGAUGUGGAUGCCUCUCUGUACUUUGUGCUUUUGCCGUUAUGCCUUUGUGUUUUCUUUGGUCUCUCUCUUCUGUUAGCUGGUAUUAUCUCUUUAAAUCACGUGCGCCAAGUCAUACAGCAUGAUGGCAGAAACCAAGAGAAGCUAAAGAAAUUCAUGAUCAGAAUCGGAGUUUUUAGUGGUUUAUACUUGGUGCCACUUGUGGCACUGCUUGGAUGUUAUGUCUAUGAACUGGUGAACCGGAAGAUCUGGGAAACAACUUGGGUGUUUGACCACUGUGACCAGUACCAUAUUCCUUGUCCAUACCAGGCAAAGGCGCUCGCAAGACCAGAAAUAUUUCUGUUUCUGAUGAAAUAUUUGCUGACAUUAAUUGUUGGCAUAUCUCCAGUGUUCUGGGUGGGAAGUAAAAAGACCUGUUCGGAGUGGGCCAAUUUCUUCAACAGAAACCGCAAAAGAGAUCCAAUCAGUGAGAGUCGAAGAGUACUACAAGAAUCAUGUGAAUUUUUCUUGAGGCACAAUUCCAAAGUUAAGCAUAAGAAGAAGCACUACAAAUCAAGUUCACACAGAUUGAAAGUGAUUUCUAAGUCAAUGGGAACUAGCACAGGAGGCACAACGAAUCAUGGGACUUCUGCAGUAGCAAUCACCAAUCACGAUUACCUGAGCCAAGAAACUGUUGCAGAAAUUAAAACUUCUCCAGAGACAUCUGAGAAAGAGAUGGAGGCAGAUGGAACAUCAGCCCAAAAAGCUGAGGAAGGUGAAAACAGUGGAAAUCAAAUGUUAAGUAUUUCUAAACUGACCGUGGAUCAGGUGGAAAAAAGAAACAAAGCAGACAGCAUGUGUGAUAUGAGUAGCUUGUCUGAGAGCCUGAAGAGAAUUGGUGAAGGCAGGGUAACUCCCAGGAAUGAUUUUAUUGAGUCUCCUCCGUUACAGAGCAGCAGUUCCCAAAUAGCAGACGUCUCCCAGUCGGGCUCCAUAGCACUGCUUGUCUACUCGGCCGCAGAUGGCAGGAAGGAGCUGGAUUCAGCAAACAGUUCAAACCAUUGAAAGACUGACAUUUUUAUAUGAACUCUUUCUGUGUAUAAAACUGAUGUGGAUUUUGUUACACUGAAAAGAGCAGACGUUCUGUGCCUUACUGAAAAUCAGACACAUCUUGUUUUGCACUUAUAAAGAUGUAAGUUUUGUACUGGGGACAACUGGCAAUAAUUGUACUGUAUUUAUACCCAUCCAGGAAUAAUGGAAAUUGAAGUUCUAUGGGACACAGCUGGAUUGCUUAGUAGUAAUUUAAGGAGAUGAGAGAAAUAUUAUUCCCAAUGCAAAGAACACUAUUAAGUAAAUUGCAUUGAAAUAAUGCAGAAAAAGCACUGUUACUUUUCAAGGUGUAAGAUGUCAAUCUGCAGCUUUGAUAUCUUACAAGUUUUUUACUUUUUCCUUUUUUACUACCUGUUAAACAGCAUUAUCACUUUAAGAGAUGCAAAAAGUUACUCUCUAAACUGUGUCACGAUGUGUUGUUUAUAGCACUGCUUUAUGGUAGUUUUUACACUGAAUCUGAAAUCAGAAUGGUUUAUUUUGUACAUAGAAAUGAAUUUUGUAAAUAACUGACUGCAUAAGGCCUAUAUUUAGAGCUGCUGUUUUGUAUGUACUGUACAAAUGUGGUCAAGUUCCCGUGCUUCUGUCAGAUGCUACUGAAGUCAGCAGUUCUGUGGUGACUGGGCAAUGUUAUUCAGUUGUGAGCAAAACGGGUGCAAAACUCCACCAUACCCUGCAUGUUUGGGCAAGGCUGGGCAGACAGCACUGCGUCCCUCUGGAGGGACAGGGCCCGAGGUGCAGUGCUG